UUUCCUCUUCCGUUUCUUCACUAGUUCAUUUCACGCCGCCCCCGCGCGAGCGGCGACAAGGCGAAACCGCUUCAAUAUAAGAUCACCCCAAUCCCCCAAUUCGGCAACUCCAAUCCAAUUCAAUUCCCCACCCCCGAUCCGCCUCUCGCAAAUCUCCCGAAACCCUAGCCGCCACCGCCGCCGCCGCCGCCUCGAGCGAGGCGUGAUGGGGAAGCCGGGGAAGUAUGGCGACGGCGACGACGACGACUCGGAGGAGGAGCAGCUCUCCCCUUCGUCUUCCGCCGGCGAGGAGGAGGAGGAGGAGGUAGAAGAGGAAGAGGGGGAGGAGCAGCAGGAGGAGCAGGGGGAGGAGGAGGAGGGGUUUAGCGGGGACGAGGAGGAGCAGGAGGUGGAGGGUGAGGCGGAUGGGGAGCAAGUGGAGGAGGAGGAAGAGGAGGAGUCUAGUGUCGGGGAGGAGGAAGCAGAGGCGGAGGGUGAGGAGGAGGAAGAGGAGGUGGAGGAGGAGCAGGGGGCUGGGGAAGAGGAAGAGGAGGAGGUUGAUGAGGAGGAGAUCGAGGCGGUCACCACCGGCGCCGGAGGGGACGACGACGACGAAGAAGUGGGCGAUGACGGGGGCGCGGAGGAGGAGUCGCAGUCCACGGAGGACGACGAGGUCGCCGCCGGGAAGGAUGGCGGCGGUGAAGAUGGCGACAAGUUGGAAGAUGCUACUGGAAACGCAGAGAUCGGGAAGCGGGAGCGAGCAAAGCUCAGGGAGAUGCAAAAGCUGAAGAAGCACAAAAUCCAGGAAAUACUGGAUGCCCAAAAUAAGGCCAUUGAUGCUGACAUGAACAACAAGGGGAAGGGACGUCUGAAGUAUCUCCUGCAGCAAACUGAAAUAUUUGCUCAUUUUGCGAAAGGAAACCAAUCGACAGAGAAGAAAUCACGUGGAAGGGGACGUCAUGCAUCAAAGAUGACAGAGGAGGAAGAAGAUGAGGAGUAUCUCAAGGAGGAGGAAGAUGCCCUUGAUGGUGCAGGAGGGACCCGUCUGGUUUCACAACCAUCAUGCAUAAAAGGAAAGAUGAGAGAUUACCAACUAGCUGGACUUAAUUGGCUCAUACGCUUGUAUGAGAAUGGCAUCAAUGGAAUAUUGGCUGAUGAGAUGGGUCUUGGAAAAACCCUUCAAACUAUAUCACUGCUUGGAUAUUUGCAUGAGUUUAGAGGAAUAACCGGUCCCCACAUGGUUGUUGCACCAAAGUCCACUCUUGGGAACUGGAUGAAGGAAAUACAACGGUUUUGUCCUGUUCUGCGUGCUAUCAAGUUCUUAGGAAACCCCGAAGAAAGGAACCAUAUCCGGGAAAAUUUGUUAGUCCCAGGGAAGUUUGACGUCUGUGUUACUAGUUUUGAAAUGGCAAUUAAAGAAAAAACUGCAUUGAAGCGUUUCAGCUGGCGUUAUAUUAUUAUUGAUGAAGCCCACCGGAUAAAAAAUGAAAAUUCCCUUCUCUCUAAGACUAUGAGGAUUUACAAUACUAAUUAUCGUCUCCUCAUUACGGGCACUCCACUACAGAAUAAUCUUCAUGAACUUUGGUCUCUUCUCAACUUCUUGUUGCCUGAAAUAUUUAGCUCUGCUGAGACUUUUGAUGAUUGGUUCCAAAUCUCAGGGGAAAAUGAUCAACAUGAAGUUGUUCAGCAGCUUCAUAAGGUUCUUCGUCCAUUUCUGCUUCGGAGGCUUAAAUCUGAUGUUGAGAAAGGUUUACCACCAAAAAAGGAAACUAUACUUAAAGUUGGAAUGUCUGAGAUGCAAAAACAAUAUUAUCGUGCUCUGCUUCAGAAAGAUCUGGAGGUUGUCAAUGCCGGUGGUGAACGCAAACGCCUUCUUAACAUAGCCAUGCAAUUGCGGAAGUGCUGCAACCAUCCAUAUUUAUUCCAAGGUGCUGAGCCUGGUCCACCCUAUACCACUGGAGACCAUCUAAUUGAGAAUGCAGGAAAAAUGGUUCUGUUAGAUAAAUUACUUCCCAAGCUAAAGGAACGUGAUUCCAGAGUACUUAUUUUCUCACAGAUGACUAGGCUCUUGGACAUCUUGGAAGAUUAUCUGAUGUACAAGGGGUAUCAAUAUUGCCGAAUUGAUGGGAAUACUGGUGGUGAAGAUCGUGAUGCUUCGAUUGAAGCUUUCAACAAGCCAGGGAGUGAAAAAUUUGUUUUCUUGCUUUCGACUAGGGCAGGUGGUCUUGGGAUAAAUCUUGCUACUGCUGAUGUUGUUAUUCUUUAUGACAGUGACUGGAAUCCUCAAGUGGAUCUGCAAGCGCAAGAUCGUGCACAUAGAAUUGGUCAAAAGAAAGAAGUUCAAGUUUUUCGUUUCUGCACUGAGUAUACAAUUGAGGAAAAGGUGAUUGAGAGAGCUUAUAAGAAGCUUGCCCUGGAUGCUUUGGUCAUACAACAGGGUCGAUUGGCAGAGCAGAAAGCUGUCAAUAAGGAUGAGCUAUUGCAGAUGGUCAGAUUUGGUGCUGAAAUGGUAUUCAGCUCCAAGGAUAGCACAAUAACAGAUGAAGAUAUUGACCGCAUCAUCGCUAAGGGAGAAGAAGCAACAGCACAACUUGAUGCAAAAAUGAAGAAGUUCACAGAAGAUGCUAUUAAGUUCAAAAUGGAUGACACUGCUGAACUGUAUGAUUUUGAUGAUGAUAAGGAUGAAAACAAACUUGAUUUUAAGAAGUUGGUCACUGACAACUGGAUAGAGCCAACCAGCAGAAGAGAAAGGAAGCGAAACUACUCUGAGUCUGAUUAUUUCAAGCAAGCACUUCGCCAAGGUGCACCAGCAAAACCUAGGGAACCGAGAAUUCCUCGAAUGCCACACUUGCAUGAUUUCCAGUUCUUCAACACUCAGAGACUCAAUGAAUUAUAUGAGAAGGAAGUCAAAUACCUUGUGCAAGCAAAUCAGAAAAAGGAUACGGUUGGUGAGGGUGAUGACGAAGAUCAACUGGAACCGUUGACUGUGGAGGAGCAAGAAGAGAAAGAGCAGCUAUUGGAAGAGGGCUUUUCGACAUGGACAAGGAGGGACUUCAAUACAUUCAUCCGUGCUUGUGAGAAGUACGGUCGUAAUGACAUAAAGAACAUAUCCUCUGAAAUGGAGGGGAAAACAGAAGAGGAGGUGCAGCGGUACGCUAAAGUUUUCCAGGAAAGAUACAAGGAAUUAAAUGAUUAUGACCGAGUUAUUAAGAACAUUGAGAAAGGAGAAGCAAGGAUAUACCGGAAGGAUGAGAUUAUGAAAGCUAUUGGGAAAAAGCUAGACCGCUAUAAGAACCCUUGGUUAGAGUUGAAAAUUCAGUAUGGCCAGAAUAAAGGGAAGUUAUACAACGAAGAAUGUGAUCGUUUUAUGUUAUGCAUGGUGCACAAACUCGGAUACGGAAACUGGGAUGAACUGAAAGCAGCCUUUCGCAUGUCGCCCUUGUUCCGAUUUGAUUGGUUUGUGAAGUCUAGAACAACCCAAGAGCUAGCUAGGAGGUGCGAGACCCUCAUUCGUCUAGUGGAGAAGGAGAACCAAGAAUAUGAUGAGCGUGAGAGAUUGGCCAGGAAAGAUAAGAAGAAUAUGUCGCCAGCAAAGCGUUCUUCAUCAAGGUCGCUCGAUACCCCUCCACAAAGCUCUUCGAAGAGGAGGCGCCAGUCCUACACUGAAGCCAAUGCAGGCUCGGGAAGGAGAAGGCGAGGGUGAUCUGAUUAUUGUUCGUUCCUCCCCCCAUAUGCAUUUAGGGAGCUCAUUUGGAGGUUGACAUGAAACCCAAGGGGAAACCCCAGAUACAUCCCAAUUGUCUAGCAGUAGCUUUAGCUCAAAAAAAAAAAAAAAAACUAGCAGACAUAACUCUAGUGAGAUGGUUAGCUUGUAUACCGGUUAAAGUGGUUGUGUUUUAAAGUUUUAAAUUGGACGGGCAACAUUACAAAUUUUAGGUGAUCAUAACUAUAACAAGUAGUUGAUCUCUCUUUUGGAGACAUCAAUCAAAUAAAACAAAGUUGCUUUUACCUGUA